GGUUGGGUGCAGUAAAGAGUUUGACAGACGAGUGGGUGGGAAUUGUGACGCUUCCUUAGAUUUCAUAAUUAUUUUUUAAAAUAAAUAAUUAACAGUGCAAAGUACUUUUAUUUAAUUUGUAACUGAUUGUAUGGGUGAAAUCUAUAAAUUAGAAGAAUGAUUACUAAUAGAUACGCUAUCCUAUUUUUAUAAGGACAGGUUCUAUUUGACAUAUAUUUUCGUAAGGAUGGGACCUCCACCCGUAGUCACUGGAAUUUCUCCAAAAGAAGGUCCACCAGGAACUCGCGUCAUUGUCAGAGGAGAAUUUCUGGGCUCCAGAGCUCAAGAUCUUAUAGGUUUAACUAUUUGUGGCUGUGAUUGCCUCUUGUCAGCUGAAUGGAAGUCGCAGAAUAAAAUUAUAGCACGUUCUGGACCAUGCAAGGGACGUGGAGAUAUAAUUGUUACAACACGCAGUGGAGGUCAGGGUACAUCAACUGUACAGUUUCGUGGCUACCAUGAAACUAUUGGACCUAUGAAAGAGUCUGCAGUUUGGGUAGAGGAGGCUCCAAUGCAAAGUUUUGUAUGGGGUAGACGUGCAUUGUCCCCUACAAAUUACCAACAGGAAGAUCCACUAGGUCUCAGCGUAGAAGGAAAUGAGAAAAAGUUUCCCGAGGACGAAUUAAUAGAACUAUUUGGAGAUGGAAGUGGAGAAUUAGCAAGUGAUAAGUUUCAUCCUGGCUGGUUUCUACUGCAACAUCAUCAUGCAACUACACUGGAUGAUCUUAAGGCUGGUCUUGCUUACCUGAGACGUAAAGUCCAUUCUCAGAAGGAGGGCCAGCUGUCUUUCCUGAAGGCAAACGUAGGUUCUGUAAUGGAACAACUAGAUACUAUUGUUCUCUUAAAAGAACAAUUUGAAUCUGAUGUUCAAAAGCAUGGAAGUGACCCAACAACCAAGCUUGAAAAAGCUAUAAAAGAAUCCAUGGCCGAAGCAAACAAGCUCUUUGACGACGUCCUAGCUCGUAGAGAUAGAGCCGACGCUACCAGGAAUGCUUUAUCCUUAAUGCAAAGAUAUCGCUUCCUGUUCUGCAUGCCAGUCAAUAUCGAGAAGAAUAUCAAGCGCGGUAACUACGACUUGGUGAUCAACGAUUACGCCCGUGUUAAAAAUUUAUUUGGCAAUACUGAGGUGGAGGUCUUCAAGAGAGUUCUUGUGGAAAUUGAUGAAAGAAUAGGAAAGUUACGCAAUAUGCUCCACAAGAAGCUUGAGGAAAUGCCAGCGACUUUGGAUGAGCAAAAGAAGAUUAUCAGGAACAUGGUGAACCUGGAGGCUGAAGGAGAUCCUGCAUGGGAUGCGAUAGUGUCCCAUGCACGCCAUCUGGAAAAAAGUAUUACUGCCUGCGUCCACGAACACCUGGAAUCUGAGAGCGCUGGAGGAGACGAUUCUAGCAAAACUCCAAAAUCGAAUGGGUCUACGCCAAUGUCGGUGAAGCAACUGCGCCUUUAUAAAAAUGACAUAAAUAACGCUCCAGUGCGGGUCCUUUGCGUGGAGGCCAUCUGUGACGUGGUAAUGGAGCAACUUCCUGACCUCUGGAGAUUAGGGCAAAGUUAUUUUACUGGACAGCUGCACGUUACCGUGGACAUUGAGAAGCAAAUACCUUUCAAGAAUCUUGUACUGUCGGGCAUGCAACACGCGGCAAACGCCAUGAAAAGCUCCUGCAGUUCUAAUCUUGAAGCCUCUUGGCUUUUGUACAAUCUUAGAUGCGUCCGGCAGAUGUACGCUUCUCUGAUACAUCUGGACUUGCCAAACGAAGCACUUGACAUAUUUGGCAAAUUUAUUUUUGAUCUUAGAUUUCAAUGCAUGGCUGCACUAUUCAAACAAACUGCAGAGAACAUUGGAGCUUUGCAUCGAAAGGAGACAUGGCAAAUGGAAUGUUUGUAUGAGGAUGGCGGAAUCACAAGACUGCCUAGUCUAUUUGAAGAAAUGAUUAUGGAAGUGUCAAAACUAUCUCGUGAGACUGCGGUCGCCUGUGGCCCUAGGGAAGGUCCUUUACUUGCAGGAUCAGCGUAUCAAGCACUGUAUCACAAUGCUGUUAGGACACUGUUUACCUCAUUCGCACGUUGUUUGCGACAAUUAGCCUUCAGUGGAAGCGAAGAUGCAAUGGAGGAUGAGGAACCAUCUGUCUCUCAAUUGAUUGCUUCGCCGACCGGAUAUAGGACUCGCGACAACAAGCAACACGGUCCGACAUGGGAACAGUGCUUAUUAAUAUCCUUGAGUAAUAUUCGCUACACGCUUAACACUGUGCUACCGCGUGUUGUGGAGUUCCUCAAGGCUCAGGGUUAUCCGGAGCUGUCAACAGCUGUUGGAUGGAGUUCAGACUGGACCGAAUUAGAAAAUCUGGAUGCAGCUGUUUUAGACGCCUAUUUAGAGAGACGUUGUGAUCCUCUAGUUGGUACUAUUGAACCGAGUAUGUACCUUGGUGGUCUUGAAUGGGACUCAGAAGUAGAACCUACGCAUAUUAGACCUUAUGCACAGGAAGCCUUGGCAAAUCUUAUAGCUGUUCAUGCUGAGGUACGCAGAGUGUCCCCAAGUCUAUUGAAGAGGGUUUUAUCCCACAUUGUAGAAACCAUAGCCGAAGAAUUGGCCAGGCUUAUGUCCUGCGUUACUAAAUUUGGGCCUUCCGGUAUUAUUCAAGCCCGUGCCGAUAUUACAUUACUGAGUAAAGCACUGUCAAGAUACAGCACACCAAGAGCAAGGAGUUUCUUUGAAGAAGCAUUGGACGUAAUUCCGCCGCCACGAAACAAGGAAGAUGCUUCACGGAUUGAAGCACUACUUUUUAAAGUAACCAGAACAAUGAGAUUACAGCUUUCCUGUCUUACUGAUCAAAAGCCCGACAAUAUUAUAGUGGAAGGUAUUGACUCGGAUCGGACCACUACCGUAACAAUUCAAAUAUUGAAAUUUGUGGGGGGUUGAUGAAUCAAGUGGCUCCAUUCGGUAAUGGCGCUUUACGGCACUAAAAGCACUCCGGAACGGCACGAUCAGUUUCGCUGAAUGUCCAGCAGUGUCCAGUCUUCUGUAU